AGUAAGAGUUGCAGGGAGGGGGUGCUUAAGAGAGUCUGCCCUCAUUCCCCACCCCCCAUUCAGUGUGACCCAGGCCAAGCUACCAAGUACCUGUAUGAGCUGCUCUACAACGACCCUAUCAAGAUCAUCCUUAUGCCUGGCUGCAGCUCCGUCUCCACGCUUGUGGCUGAGGCUGCGAGGAUGUGGAACCUCAUUGUGCUUUCCUACGGCUCCAGCUCUCCAGCCCUGUCAAACCGGCAGCGUUUUCCAACGUUCUUCCGAACACAUCCAUCAGCCACACUCCACAACCCUACCCGUGUGAAACUCUUUGAAAAGUGGGGCUGGAAGAAGAUUGCCACCAUCCAGCAGACCACUGAGGUCUUCACUUCGACUCUGGAUGACCUAGAGGAACGAGUGAAGGAGGCUGGAAUCGAGAUUACUUUCCGUCAGAGUUUCUUUUCAGAUCCAGCUGUACCCGUCAAAAACCUUAAGCGCCAGGAUGCCCGAAUCAUCGUGGGACUUUUCUAUGAGACUGAAGCCCGGAAAGUUUUUUGUGAGGUGUAUAAGGAGCGUCUCUUUGGGAAGAAGUAUGUCUGGUUCCUUAUUGGGUGGUAUGCCGACAACUGGUUCAAGACCUAUGACCCGUCCAUCAACUGCACAGUGGACGAGAUGACUGAGGCGGUGGAGGGCCACAUCACCACUGAGAUUGUCAUGCUGAAUCCUGCCAACACCCGCAGCAUCUCCAACAUGACAUCCCAGGAAUUUGUGGAGAAACUUACCAAACGACUAAAAAGACACCCCGAGGAGACAGGAGGCUUUCAGGAGGCACCACUGGCCUACGAUGCCAUCUGGGCCUUGGCAUUAGCCCUAAACAAGACAUCUGGAGGGGGUGGCCGUUCCGGUGUGCGCCUGGAGGACUUCAACUACAACAACCAGACCAUCACUGACCAAAUCUACCGGGCAAUGAACUCCUCAUCCUUUGAGGGUGUCUCCGGCCAUGUGGUGUUUGAUGCCAGCGGCUCUCGAAUGGCAUGGACGCUCAUCGAGCAGCUACAGGGUGGCAGCUAUAAGAAGAUUGGCUACUAUGACAGCACCAAGGAUGAUCUUUCCUGGUCCAAAACAGAUAAGUGGAUUGGUAAGUGGAUCUUGUUUAUAUUUUCCUUCAGCGCCUCUGAACAAUCAAGGAAAAGAGUCAUACAUUUGAAUGAGGGUGGAUUGGUGGGUGCCAUUAGGUUGAAAUGUGGGAGCGAGGUGGUCCAGGGGCAGGAGUUAAGAGAGAGUGGAUACAACCUCACAAGAUGUGGGUAGGAGAGACUGGUGUAUCUGGAGAGGGAAUAGGAGGUGGGUAGUACUAUUUUUAAUAGUACACUGCUGUGGUAACUGGGGAUUAGAGGCAGGGGGUGGGCAGGGGGUGGGAAGUGGAAACUCCAUUUGGGUUUCCCAGAUGUCCUGGUGCCUUGAUAUAUCCGAACCAGCUACUUCAAGCCUAGAACUGCCUCUUUGUCUGUUUUUGUCAGUAAAACGAUUGCUUAAACUAUACGUACACUUUUUGUAUCUGCAAAACCUCACCUAAUUGUAGUCUGAUAAAAUUGUGUGUUUUAAAGAAGUAAAAUAAGCAGUUAUUCUUUGUGUACUUGGUGGGCUAGAUGAUAGGAAAUGGGAAAGAUACCAAAGGUGGGCAAAAGGAAGGACUUACUGAUAAAAGAAAGGAUUGGCACCUUGAGGGUGGGGGGAAGGACACAACCAUUGAAGAUAGCUGGCACUUGCUCUGCUCAACUGAAAUCUAGUCAUUCCCAGCACUGCUGGAGUUUUGCUUUUUUUUUUUUUUUAUAAUUUGAAUUUAGGACAGUGUUCUGUACUGCUAUAAAUGCUGCGUGGCCUAAAUUAGCCUUUUUUUUUUUAAACUAAGCAAAUUGGAAUUAAUUUUUUGGUGAACUAUGACAAAUUUGAACUU